UCUAGGCAGGUUUGCGUAUGAUUGCAAAAUCUGCUAUUUCCGAGGCGACAUGAACGCUACAUGUUCCUACAUGGUUAUUUCUGUUGACCCCGCGCCAGGCUAGGAAGGUCCAGCGGGGACCGGGGAGUCCAGGCUCAUGGCUUUGAAACUGAUUCAGAGUCUUCCUCUUGUCGGACAGUUCGGGAUCCGUCGUUAUCCUGUUGGACCUGUCUGUCCCAUCAGACGCCUGAGUACCAUCAGCUCUGGUCAAUCCUCAUGUGUGGCAUGUCUGUGUACUUCAGCCAACCGUUGUAUCCAGAGACAUGGCUGCAGGAGUCAAAAGCAGGACUGUAGCGUGAGAAGUUUGACCACCGUCAUUAAAGAGGCAUCAUUCUUCUCCAACUCUGUGGGGCUCCACAAAGAUUCAGUUCCACGGUUCCGUCUGACCCAGCUGCACCGACCCUCAGCUGCUGAUGAACUGAGUUUUCAACAGCGCCUGGAAACCUGCACCUCCUCCCGGCAGGUCUUCAGACUGCUGCGCUCUGUGGAGAUCCUGUCAGACACCAUGGCUGCAGCAGCUCUUCACAGUGUGGCUGACCUGGAACAGGAAGACACAGCUCUGCGAGACCCCACAGUGCUGGAGGAUGACACCAUCAGGGCUCUGUGCUUCCAGCUGGAACAGGACUCUGAGCGGCUCACAGAUGCUGGGCUGGUGUCUGCUCUUCUAGCCUGCACACGCCUCUGUUUGGAUCCUUGGAGCACGCUGAUGGUGCAGCUUAAGUCAGAUAGCCAAACCAGGCUCGACAGAGGGCAAUUUACUGUAGGACAGCUGUGCACCUUGGGUCAGGCGAUGUUGGCCGUGGAGGGACCAGGAUCUGGGAUGCUGGAGCAGGUGAUGGUGCAGAUUCAGAAGCAGGAACCAGCUCAGUGGGGUCUUCCAGACCUUGUAGCUGUUUAUAGGCUUUUGCAAAGUAGUGUGGGUGAAGAUGGAAAAUACAGAGAUUUAUUAAACGCCAUGCACACCCAUGCUGUCACAGUCACCUCCAGAAUGGAUCCUGCUGCUGUCAGCGGUGUACUAAAUGCUCUUGUUACUCUGAAUCAAAUGCAGGCCAUGCCUCUUGUAAUCAGUUUGUGUAAGCAAGCGGUUCGGCAUGUCCAUAACUUCACUGAUGAGGAGCUCACUUGCGUCCUGGGUGCAUUGAUGCAUUUUGGUCACAGCGAUCAUUAUUUUGUGAAAGCGAUGGAGAAGCUUGUACCUACGAUGGCUUUCACCUCCCAUCCAGAGACCGUAACCAAGGUGGCACAGUUCUUUGGCCACAGGAACAUCUUGUCCUUUGCUGUUUUUGAUGCUGUUGCAGAGAGCUUUGUGUACCGAGCAAGCGACUACAGCACCAGCCAAGUAGCCAGGCAGAUCAUGGCUUUUGGAAAGUUGGGUUAUCUCCCCCCCAAUGAAAGCCAGUUGUUCAGGAAAAUAGAAGCCAUCCUGCACAGUAGCUAUUCACAAUUCCAACCUGGGACGCUGCUCAACCUGCUGCACGCCUGCAUCCUGGUGGAAAGGUUUCCUGUCAAUUUUCUUUCCAAAGUUUUCAGCAGUUAUUUCCCGCAACAGCUGCAAUAUCAGAACGAGGUGAUUGACCGGGGCGUUUUGGCCCAGCUGACUCAGCUCUACAUGACUGUGAAGUUGGAGUGUCCAUUCUAUGAGGGUCCACGUCUGCUCCCAAAGUACAGAGUCAAGUCUUUCCUUGCGUCGGGUCGCUCUCUGGAGUCACCAGUCGAUCCACAACUGUACAACACAGUGAAAAAUGGACUGGUGGAUCUACUCGGAGGUCGAUCCUACUUCGGAUCCAGAGUUCUGACACCAUACUGCUACACACUCGACGUGGAGAUUAAACUUGAUGAAGAGGGAUACGUGCUGCCUGCCAGUCAAAUGGAUGACGUGUACAAAAGGAUUGCCCUUUGUAUCGACGGACAAAAGAGGUUUACUACAAACAUCCGGCAGCUGCUUGGAAAGGAGGCCAUCAAGCAGCGACAUCUACGACUCCUGGGAUAUGAAGUCAUACAGAUUCCUUUUUAUGAAAUUGAAAAACGGCACACCAAAGUCAGCGUGGUCGAGUAUCUUCACCAAAGGAUCUUCCCUCACACCUACAGGCUGAGCUGGUGAACACAACAGCAAUGCCAUUGCAUCAGGGCUUCUUUUGUGGAAAUGAAUCCAGAUUUUUUCUAGCAGUCAUGCCAAUAUAAUGUGACUUAGUUAUUUAUUUUGUACAGAAGUAUUUUUAAUUCUACAAUAAAGAGGCUUUUUGUACCAGAAACAA